CUUUUUCGGUCCCCGAUGGCGAGCUGGCUCGACGAUCUCGGUCUCAACGAGCUCGAACACAUCAAGGAUGGCGCAAGUGCCUUCGCGCAGGAGCUCCACCCAAUCAACUCGGCGGAGGAUUUCAUCAGCUUCGUGGUUGCGCUCAACCUCUACCCACCUGGGACGCCCUUACGCGCUGAGCGUAUUGCUGGGGAGAUGCCGGCAGGCCUCUCCGCUCCUGCGGUGCGGUAUCUGCCAAGCAAGCUGCCCAUUGUCGAUCGGCUUGCCUCCCAGCUUCGCGACGACCCGAGCCGCAAGACCGUUCGGCUCGUGCCGGACGUGGAGCACUGCGUGGCGUGUGGCCUCGCUGGGGAGGCGGUACCCCUGGUGGUCAAGCGGGCUGACAAAUGCUCAUCUCCAACGGUCUAUGCGGAGCACGGGCGACUGAAGGGCGAGCUCAAUGGCCUCUCCUGCCCUCGGUGCUCCGCGUGGCACAGCAUGUCGUACGCUGAGGGCGGCACGCGCAUCCCAGCUGGCAAGCAGGUGCCCUACCCAGGGGCGACUGCAUCCUCACGCCGCUGGAUCCAGCUUUCCCAGAGCACCGUGUUCGAGAAUUCGCUGCUCGACAGGUUGUCGGCACAGAUGGUGCAUUCUCACACCGGCUUCGAGACCUUCUGUCACGAGUGGGCAAUGCGGUGCGGCGAGUCAAAGGCACCUCGGCGGGGCCAAUUCGAGCAAGACGCACGCCGCGACUGGCGGCCCCUGAGGCACGCCAUCUUUGACGCCGUCCCCGCUGCCGCCUCUGCGGCGCCGUGGCGCCCGGGCCGGUCCGCCGCCGUCGGGGAAGGCGGCUCAGUAGAGAGCUCCACCCCUCUGCCGGGGCUCGCCGGUCGUAGGACGGCGCCCCACCAGCGCCCGACCGGCGCACCCGCGCGGACAGGGAGAGCGAUGCAUGCACUGAUGCCUUAGUUGGCGUCGCGUUAGGAGGAGGGAUCGGGCGCGAUGUGCGUGACCAUAGCCGCUGCACCCUUGCGCGACGUAGUGUCGCCUGUGUGCAGUCGUGUGUCGAGAUGCGCGAAUCGUGCCUGCCCUAUGUUCAUGCCAUGUGCUUGCCAUGUCCAUCCCAUGUGUCGGCUGCGCCUAGCUGCGCCUUUAGGAACGACCAUGCUCUAGAGAGCUCAUAA